AGGGUUAAUUGUUCUGAGGGGAGGGGCUAGCCCUACAAAAGGAGCCUCCCUUUCAGUUCAUGGAGAGGCAUUUUGGAUUGAGCUGUGAAUGAGGCAGCAUUGUUUUUAGCUGUCCCAUAAAGUAUACGUUUGAUGGCAGUACUGUUGUUUUUGUUCCGGAAUCACUAUGUAAAUAAACACCCUUGCACAGAAGAACUUGUGGCUCCGCCAUCUUUUUAUUUUGAUAGAGGUUAGGUUUUCCAUUAUAGCCUUCUGGCCUACUCUACGUGACAUAUGGUGGCAGCGGUGGGAUGGCGCACUACAAAUCAGUGAAUUCCAACAAGAGAGGUAAAGGAAUGCGUACAGGAUUGCGUUCUCAGCAGCAGCAUCAACUGUCAGAAAAGGUACCCGAAGUUGAAUCCGGGGUGGUAUUCCAUGGAAUUGUCUGGUGAAUAAGAGGUCAAGUAUGAGAAACUAGGAGCCUGACCAAGGGGCCAAACACAACCAGAACCGUUUGAGCUACCGGUUGAACCAGCAGAUACAGCCAGAAAAGACCAGCUGACUGAAGGAGCAGUUGGGGGACCAGAACCACAUCCAACCAUGGUAGCCCUUUUCCAGCAACUUAUCACCUGCCCCGAGAAGAGGGACGAAGACCUCAAGCAGGAGUUACAGGGCCUAUGCCAAUCUAUCCUUACAGCUCCUCACCAAGCGGAACUCGUCAGUGAGAGCCCAAGAUUGGGUCUUCCAACACCAGGACAACAAAGGCUCAACGCAGCAGGCACUUCAACUCCACAGCAGGAUCCCCAAGCAGUAAUGAGGCCAGCCCCAGCACCAGGAGACCAGUCCAGCAGUGUAAACGUCCAUCUUCCAGCAUUCCUGAGUAAGGAGCCAAAGAUGCCCUCAUACCAGCAGGGGGAGGACAUUGAAAACUACCUGCUGAGGUUUGAGCGUAUGGCCAAGACGUGGCAGUGGCCGGAGGUAGAGUGGGCCUGCAGGCUUGUCCCAUUGCUCACGGGCAAGGCCUUAGAGGCUUACACAGCAAUGGAUGAGGGGCUAUCCAACGUCUAAGGGCUUGAAGGAAGCGCUGCUGGUGAAGUUCGACAUCUCCCCAGAGACCUACCGUCAAUGCUUCAGAGCUGCAUCGAUGCCAUUGGGUGAGUCGCCGACAGAGACGUACCACCGCCUUAAGGGUCUCUACCGACGAUGGGUUCGACCGGAGGAGAAGACACGGGACGAAAUCUGUGAGGUCAUCAUCCUCUAGCAACUUGUAAAAGUUCUACCACACGACAUUCGAACCUGGGUCUGAGAGCAGGAGCCCAAGGACGGGCUUAUGGUGGCCAAUGCACGUAAAGGGGGACAACCACGACCUGCAGCACCCGCUCCAAGGAGUCUCAGAGACACAAGGGACAUCAGACGCCAGAGAUUGUGGAGGUAACUCUGGGGGUUAUGUGUCUGGGAGGAGGGAGGUAAGGGAUCAUGCAGUUCGCUCUGAUGGGAGGGAUCUGACCUGUUUUUACUGCCGGCAGCAGGGACACAAACCUUUCUGCUUUUUGCUUACAGAGAGGUGCCUCAGGCAUCGACAGGUUUCUCGCCAUUCAAACUCUUCUAUGGAUGGCCAGUGCAGGCACCACUGGACCUGCUGAAGAAGUGCUGGGAAGGUUCCCCAGUAGCUACCUCAGGACAGGGGAUUGUCCAGUAUGUCCUCCAGAUGCGAGCCAGGUUGGAGCGGUACCGAGAGGAAGCUAGGGCAAGCCCAGAAGGCCCAGAAGAGAGGGUAUGACCAGCACGCUCGCCACAGAGAAUUUGAGUCAGGACAGAAAGUCCUGCUCCUCCUUCCCUCAUCUACCAGCAAGCUCCUUGCGCAAUGGCAAGGACCGUACCUAAUCGGAAGGAAGAUGGGCCCGGUGACCUACCGAGGUGCUGCACCCGGACAAAGGUUUGCUUCUUCUUACCCAUCAUGUGAACCUCAAGGCCUAGGAGGAGAAAGAGGAACUCUCCAAGGGAAGUCCUUUCUGGUCUGCAGAGUAGAAGAAGACGAGUCGGAUGGGGUCACAGAGGCAUGGAAAGGACGAGCAGAGGUCAUUCUGUCUCACCUAGAAGAAAACAAGCAAGAUGAGAUGAAGCAGCUGUUUGGCAAGUAUCCAGCCCUCUUCAGUGAGAGACCAGGAAGAACCAAAGUCCUAGAACACGUUAUUCGUUUGAAGCCUGGCCAGAACCCUGUCUGCCAGCAUCCUUACCGUGUGCUUGAGAGGCUGGUGGUAGCCCUCAAGGAAGAGGUCUACACCAUGAUAGAAAUGGAUGUUGUCGAGCCAUCUUCAAGUGAAUGGAGCAGCCCUAUUGUCAUUGUCCCAAAGAAGGAUGGGUCUUUGCACGUCUACAUGGACUUCCGUAAGGUGAAUGCCAUCUCCCAGUUUGAUGCCUACCCAAUGCCCCCGCAUUGACGACUUACUGGAGAGAAUAGGUAGAGCUCAUUACAUCACCACAUUGGAUCUCUGCAAAGGGUACUGGCAGGUGCCCCUGGAUGAACAAUCCAAGGCCUACACUGCAUUCCGGACGAUAUGGGCCUGUUCCAGUUCAAGGUCAUGCCGUUUGCCCUUCAUGGGGCCCCUGCGACUUUCCAGAGGCUGAUGCACAAGGUCCUCCAGGACUGUGACGAUUACUGUGCUGCUUACUUGGAUGAUGUGGUGAUCUACAGCCACUCCUGGGAGGAGCACAUACAGCAUCUUUGCAGAGUCCUAGGGAAGAUGCAUGAUUCAGGCCUCACACUUAACCUCCUGAAGUGUGAGUGGGCCACACAGGAGACAAAGUACCUGGGUUACCAGCUGGGUAAAGGUGAAGUUCGACCUCAGGUGGACAAAGUGGAGUCCUUCAGGAACAGCCCUCAACCCAGAACCAAGACACAGGUGAAGUCCUUCCUAGGUCUGGCAGGGUGGUACCGGAGAUUCAUUCCGCAGUUUGACCAUCGAUGUCCCUCUGACCAACCUCACUUCAAAGGUGGCCAGCAACCCUGUGAAGUGGACUGAGCAGUGUGAGGAAGCCUUCAUGAUACUGAAAAACCGACUGUGCUCAUUCCCUGUUCUCCAGGCCCCUGAUUUUCAGAAGAGGUUUCUCGUGCAAGUGGACGCUUCGGCUGUGGGAAUUGCAGCUGUACUGGCCCAAGGGGAGCCAGGAGAAGAGCUUCCUGUGCUGUACCUGAGUCGGAAGCUGUUGCCCAGGGAAACCAGCUUCCGGGUAUGCUGGAUAAGGACCCGAGGAAAGGGAAUUGGGCUGACUUUGUAGUGCCUGUCCCAAAUGGCUCAUUAAUGUAAAUGUGCAUAUUGAAAGACACUGUCCGUAGUGAUGUCGUUUUGUAAAUGUUAUGUUGUGAUAUUGUUUCAUAAACAUGUUGCAAUGCAUAUACUUUAGUAUGUUUGUUUAGUUAAAUGGAAAAUGUAAGUUUGCCUAGGUAAUUGCUUAAUUAAUUAGGGUUAAUUGUUCUGAGGGGAGGGGCUAGCCCUACAAAAGGAGCCUCUCUUUCAGUUCAUGGAGAGGC